CACGAACUCUACACCGGCGAAAAGCAGGUGAAUGUCGGCGAAAGGGUACGGAAGCUUUUUAGGGACGAGACAGGCAUAGCGGUAGAAGAUAACGCAGCCUUCAAGAAGGAACAGAAAGGUCAUGCAGAUCCUUUUUUAACAUCAACAUCAACAAGCCUUGCCUUUCGUGUGCGGGAACAUCUCCGGCUGCGCUGGCGACUGGAUGAGCCGGAGUUUUUUCCAGACGAGAGCACCGCACGAAAUAGGCCAUUUUACCACGAACAGAACUACCACAAAAUGUACCUUCGCAAGUUUCCGAACCCCCUACUGCCAAAAUUCGCGCGGGAGUGGCUGGAGCUCAGGCUAGCCAGGUGGUAUUACCCGCAGAUCAUGGAGCGACCGCCCUGGACCGCGGGGGUGGCAACGCCAGACGAAAUUGUAGGAGGGGAAAGUGAACAUCAGGCACAUGAUCCUGGAAGUGUAAUAUCAUCAGACAGCCCGAGAAGUACAUAUGCAUCCUCAAAGAGUUCCAUUACCCACGCCUUCAACCGGAACAGCAGUCUUGGCCAGGUGCAGUACCUGACGGCACAGCGGGCGGG